AUGAAAAGUAUAAAUUCUGCAAUUCAUAUUUUUCGAAUAACUCGUUUGCGUUGUUAUUCAAAAAUAUAUCCAAUUUCAGCAACAUUUCUUGUUAAUUCUGGAAUUACCAAAUUUACUUUUUCUAAUCUACGAAAGGCAAAAAUGUCAACUAAAAUUCCUUUACGUCCUGUAGAAAUGUGGAGACCAAAUAAUAUAUCAAAUACUGAAAUGGAAAAAUUUCGAUUAAUGGUUAAUGAAAGAUUUAAUGUUAAUUUAGAAAAUUAUCACCAACUUUGGAAAUGGUCUACCGAUAAUAUUUCGGAUUUUUGGGCUACAGUUUGGGAUUAUACCAACAUCAUUCAUUCAAUUCCUUACAAACAGGUUGUAGAAUCUAUUCCAAUGGAUAAAUUACCAGCUUGGUUUUCUGGUGCAAAGCUUAAUUUUGCCCAGAACUUAUUAUGGUGCCGUGAUGAGAAUAGAACUGCUAUUAUUUCAGCUGGUGAAGGAAAAUCUAUAAAAACAAUUUCUUAUCGUGAUUUAUAUGAACAAGUUAAACGUAUGGUAGUUGCAAUGCGAUCGGCUGGUGUUCGAAAGGGUGAUAGAAUUAGUGCAUAUAUUUCCAAUUGUCCUGAAGCUGUUAUUGCAAUGCUUGCUUCUGCUAGUAUCGGUGCCAUUUGGAGUAGUACUUCUCCUGAUUUUGGUGUUUCAGGAGUUCUUGAUAGAUUUUCACAGAUUCGUCCAAAAUUUUUAUUUUCUGCAAAUUCUGUCGUAUAUAACGAAAAAACCAUUGACAUUUUACCAAAACUUAAACUUGUGGCUGAAAGUUUAGAGAAAGUGGGACUAGAAAAAGUUAUUGUCAUUCCUUUCAAUGAAUUUGAUAAUUGUGAUUUAUCUUCAAUUUCAUUAGCAACUUCUUGGAAUGAUUUUCUGAAUAAUUAUUCAGUUCUAGGCUCUAAUUCAGAUGAAAUAGAUUUUGAACAAUUGCCAUUCGAUCAUCCACUUUAUAUUCUUUUUUCUUCUGGAACGACUGGAAAACCUAAAUGCAUGGUUCAUAGAGCAGGAGGAGUAUUAAUUCAACAUAAGAAAGAGCACAUUUUACAUGGGAAUAUGUCACCAAAUGAUGUAUUUUUUUAUUAUACAACUACCGGAUGGAUGAUGUGGAAUUGGUUGGUUUCAGGAUUGGCAACUGGUUGUACAAUUGUUUUAUAUGAAGGAUCACCUUUUAAACCAAGGCCAUCCGUUCUUUGGGAAUUAAGUGAUCAAAUUGGAAUAAUUUUGUCAACCGGUUCACCUUUAAAACCUGAAAGCUUUGAUUAUGUUUAUAACUCAAUUAAAAAAGAUGUUUUGUUGGGUUCGAUCACUGGUGGAACCGACCUUUGUUCGUUAUUUUGUGGCCUUAAUGUUACUCUCCCGGUUUAUCGUGGUGAAAUUCAAUGCACUUGUUUGGGUAUGAAAAUUGAGGCUUGGGAUGGUGAAGAUAAUCCUGUAUAUGCUAAAUCUGCAGAUUUAGUAUGUACAAAGCCAUUUCCAUGUAUGCCACUAUAUUUUUACAAUGAUAGUCAUAACAACACAAAAUACAUGGAAGCGUAUUUUUCAAACUAUUCAUCAGUUUGGUAUCAUGGUGAUUAUAUGUGGAUAAACCCAAAUACAGGUGGAGUGGUAAUGUUAGGUCGUUCUGAUGGUACUUUAAAUCCAAGUGGUGUUAGAUUUGGUAGCGCAGAAAUUUACAAUAUUGUAGAAAAUUUCCCGGAAGUUCAAGAUAGUUUGGCUGUAGGUCAGAAAGUUGGUGAAGAUGAAAGAGUUGUGUUAUUUUUAAAGAUGUGUGAUGGAAUUAAUUUUAACAAUGAAUUAGUAACGAGAAUUAAGACAAAGAUUAGAGAACAAUUAAGCCCUAGACAUGUUCCUAGUUUUAUUUUACCCAUUCGUGAUAUUCCGCAUACAUUAACUGGUAAGAAGGUUGAAGUUGCGGUGAAACGUAUAAUAUCCGGAGAAAAGGUGGUUCCUUCAAGUUCAUUAGCAAACCCUGAAAGUCUUGAAUUGUAUUAUGAUCUUCCCGAGUUAAAACACAAACUUUAA